GAACUAAACUUAACCUGGCAACCGUGCAUAGCGCCUGCGCCGUGCGGUUUCUGAAACGUGUUAUAGUACUUCACGGCUCUAAAAGCUACCUUGGAUUUAUUCCCUUUAACUGGAGGAUGGUUGCUGAACGAUCAGAGGAGAUAUGGAUCUAAAAUCUGAGCUGCUUAAGUCCAUCUGGUACGCGUUCACCUCGCUGGAGGCCGAGCGCAGCGGCAAAGUGUCCAAGUCCCAGCUGAAGGUGCUGUCUCACAAUUUAUACACAGCCCUGAACAUCCCUCAUGACCCUGUAGCCUUAGAGGAGCAUUUCAAGGAUAAUGACAAUGGACCCGUCUCUGAUCACGGCUAUAUGCCUUAUCUCAACAAGUAUAUUCUUGCAAAGGCUAUUGAGGGUACAUUUAACAAGGAGAUAUUUGAUGAGCUGUGCUGGACAAUGACUGCUAAGAAGAACCUCAAGCCUAGUAUUCAGCAGGGAGUGUGUUCACAAAGUGACUGCUUCAAGCUCUUCUGUCUGUUUAAUUUGCUCUCUGAGGACCGUUAUCCUCUUGUCAUCGUCCAACCUGAGGUAGAGUACCUGCUGAAGAAGAUUUCCACUGCUAUGAGCCAGGAGUGGGAUGGGAAAGCACUGGAGGAUCUGCUAUCCCAGGAUCCUUCUUUGCAGGAUGGCCUGUCUGUGUGGAGGUUUUUGGAGCAUCUCAGCGCAGGGCAGCUUAUGAGGGUGGACAGUAAGGAGGCCUUCAGCCUGGCACUGGACGACCUCUUCAUGGAGAUGUAUCACAAUGUACUGAAGAAGGGCUACCUGCUGAAAAAGGGGAAUGUACGUAGGAAUUGGAAUGAGCGCUGGUUUGUGCUUAAGCCAGGCAGCUUGGCCUACUACAUUAGUGAGGACCAGAAAGAAAAAAAGGGAGCAGUCCAGCUGGAUGGCAGCUGUGUGGUAGAGACCAUGCCUGAUAAAGAGGGGAGACGCUGUUUAUUCUGUGUGAAGACUCCUGGCAGGACAUAUGAGAUGAGUGCUUCAGAUCAGAAACAGAGAGUGGAGUGGAUUCAAGCUUUGCAAACAGCUCUCCGGCUCAAGACAGAGGGGAAGAGCUCACUGCAUCAGGAGCUAAAGCUGCGCAGACGAGAGCUACGGGAGAACAGUCAGAGAAACGAGAGCCAGAGCAGCCAAAGUGGUCAGAGAAGCAAUAGCCAGAGCAGCCAGGGUGAAUAUAGUGCUGAAGUCGAGGAGCCCAGCUCUGUGACUCAACACGGAGAACCAGAGAGCAAGGAACCAGACCUUGAAAUCAUAGACAUCAUCCAGCAACACCUAGAACUGGAGGUGCAGCGCAAAAAGGACGAUGAGUGGGAGAAAGAGAAGCAGAAGGAGAGGCAACAAGAGUUGGAGAGACAGCUGGAGGAAGCCAACAAGGCCAAAGAGGACAUGGAGGCUGCACUGGCUAAAAUGGAAAGGGAGAUGCAACAGCAAAAGAAGAGAUUACAGGAGCUGGAACUCAUGCAGCAGAAACUGGAGGAGGCACUCAAUACACAGAUUCAGGCCCGCUUAGAGGAGGAGAAAGUCCGUCAUGAGCUCGAGAGGCUACUGGAGGAAGAAAGGGGGAAGCUGACUGAGUUGAUGCUCCAUCAGAGACACUUGGAGAGUCAUGAAUGUGCAGAAACAACCCAAGAGAAAACACUUGAGCCCCAAAAAGAUGAGGAUAACAUACUCCAUCCUGCAUCUUCUGUGAUCCCUCCAUCCUCUAGCCCCCAACUACCAUUGUGUCCAGCCCAUGCCAUUGCAGAAACAGUGGAAACACAUCAAUACAAUGUGGAGAACGUGUCUGAGAAUUUUUCUAAAGCCCAAAAUAUCAGACAAUGGAAAGUCCAGCUCAACCACCUUAUGAAGCCGAUCACACCAGCAGACAAAUUGGAGCGUUUCCCAGUGAGAACCAACUAUCCCAAACACGGCCAGGCACUCACCAGCACAGAGUUUAUUGUGAAGUACCAAUCAACAGUCACUGAAGCGGAAUCCUCCAACAGUCAGCCACAAAAGACAGAAGAGGAUGUGGGCAUAGAAGAACCAAUCCCUGCGUCUCGGGUUGAGGAACCACAGAAAACCAGAGAGCAGUUUGAGCAUAGUAAAGGCUUUGCAUAGUGACACUGAAACAAGCUCAACAAGUAUACUUUUUGUGAGAAUUGUUAAUGGUUGUAGCAGCCUUACCAUGUUACACAAGUGAAUAGCGGCUAUAGAUCUAAAUGUUUUUUUUUUUUUUUUAAAUGUAAUUAUAGUAUUUGCAAAAAUGUUAGGUGGGUGCACGUGUGUGUGCCAAACACAUAAUGCAAUGUUAUUUAUUUCCCAACACACAAACACUCAUUUAUUUACAACUUUUUCACUAAAUCCAGACAAUACUCAUUUCUAUUCCAAGUUGUCUUUUUGUCAGCUCUGUCAGUGACACCUGACUCAUUAGGAGCUAGAAUUGAAUUGACCUUCAAAUCAAUUCUAGGAAUUUUGUUUGUUUUUUAAAAAUAACGUGUAUGCAGCAAUACAAUGUAUAUCAAUAAUAAUGAAAAAUGUUAAAUUAUAACUGCUAGAUUGUUCAACCAGGCUUUAAUAAUGUCUUCCUUUAGUUAUAUUCUUGUUAUAUAAUCUGGUGCAUGUCGCACACCGCGUGUUUCCCGUUUCACUAUUCAUUAUCUAAAUCAGCAAGUUUCACUGCUCGAGUUAUACAGAACAUUGAUGGUGAGAAUUGAAUUCAGUUGUACCCCCCCCCCCCCCCACACACACACACACACACACACACACACACAAAUUUUGAUUUCAUUCCAGAGCUUAUUUAUCUUUAUCUUUAUCUUUGUCUUUUUUUUCUUCUGAUCUCUCUUUUAUGCUUCUGUAUAGAUUCUCUGGGUUUUGCACUUUUGCCUGUUUGUAAUACUAUGGAUGACCAGUAGAGGAGGCACUUGUUCUGAAAUUUCUUGCCUCCUUAUAUUCAGACUAAUUCAUUGCAUAGCUAAAAGCUUGGUGCCUCAUUGUCAUCAUUUACCAUUCCAUUUAGAAAAAGUCAUUAACCCAUUAUAGAUUAAGUUUAUAUUCCCCAGCCACUGGUUCAAUUCAAACACAUACUGUAGUGAAAUAAAACCAGGGGGUUCUAGUACCAAAUAAUA